UUGAAAAUAUACUCUCGAAUAAUACUCUUUCCAAAAUAGUGCUUUAUCUAGCUUUAUUUUUUCUUUAAUAUUUCUAUUGGUCAAUAGUAAUUCAUGUUUCUCCCGGUAAGCGGCCAUAUUAGUUCUAGAUUAAUUUAACAAAAGUGAGUGUUCCGUGCGUGGAAUGAAAUUAUCACCGUCGUGUAUCAAAUUGAGUGUGCACCGUAUUAAGCAAGGUUACAUUGUUACAAAUGACAGUGGCACUUGAUCAAAUGCGAAUACGACCGAGAAGUCAUGUGAACGAAAUGCAUGGAAAUAUUAGGACGAAUACGUCUUGUUGAUCUCUAUUAGUGCGUACAAGUACAUCUUAUUUGUGACACUUUAUGAAUGUGGUCAAAGCAAAAGAUCAUCUUGCGGGGGGUCUUGGCUGGGAUUACCAAAAUCUGACUAGACCAAAAAGCCGCCUUACUGAGAAGCUUUUUAUAUCAAGACUGCCAAUCUAAGACUGAAUUACUGAUGCAUGGGAUAAUUAUCUUUAAUGUCGAGUACGGACAGCAUCAAUGGGAAACUGUUUUUCUUGUUUCAAGGUGCCACUUCCACCAGUCGCUACGGAACAAUCAAUUGUAUUGGAACAUAAAGACGAAACAAUGGAACUAAGAGGAUUAUUCCCAAAUUCUUGCCAACAAACUGGUACACUCGUGCCUGCAGAAACACAUGUCAAUGGAAACAAGAAAUCAUUAAAUACUGUACCUAUGCUUAAUAAUGUAGGGUCAGAUAACUGUGGAUCCAUGCCUAGUAUACAAAAUAACUUACGUUUGUCUCGAGGAUUUUAUGCACGAUUACCUCCACUAGGUCGUUCAGGCACUUCUUCAGGUCUUAACUUAACCACAGAAUUUAAACAGCAACGAGAACCGUCAGAAAGCAAAUUGAAUGGAUUGUUUGACCAAUAUAAGGAUUUACAUGAAGAUGUAAUAUUAGCUGAUGGAAUAGAAAGGCUUUGCAAUGAUUUGCAACUAUUUCCAGAUGAAUUUAAAGUACUUGUUCUAGCUUGGAAAUUAAAUGCUGAACAAAUGUGCCAAUUUACCCGUCAAGAAUUUAUAACAGGGUUGAAAGCUAUGCGUGUUGACAGUAUACGUGGUAUUCAGGCAAGAUUACCUGAAAUUGUGCAAGAGUUAACAGUCAAUAGUGAUUUAUUUAAGGAUCUCUAUCGAUUCACAUUCCGCUUUGGUUUGGAUGUUACCUCUGGUCAACGAAUACUGCCAGCUGAUAUGGCUAUUGUCCUUUGGCGACUUGUUUUUACAAUUCGAGAACCUCCACUUUUAACAAGAUGGUUAAAAUUUCUUGAAUGUCAUCAUGUUCGAGGUAUACCUAGAGACACUUGGAAUAUGUUUCUAAAUUUUGCUGAAAGCAUUGGAGAUGAUCUUGGUGCUUAUGAUGAUGCAGAAGCAUGGCCAAGUUUAUUUGAUGAUUUUGUAGAAUAUGAAAAUGAUCAAAUGAACCAAAACAUUACUAAAGAUGACAUAAUGAAGGAUGCUUCUAUUGAUAAGGCUUAAAAUAUCUGCUUAGAAAAAACAUUUAUUGAAUUAAAAUACAGUCAUAUAUCUGGCUUUUGAAUAGAAUCUUCUAAAAUGACUUAACGAUAUAGAUAUAUGUGAAGAAAUGGUAGGAUAACAUUGUGAUAUUUACGAAUAUUUUUAAUCAGUGAAUUAGUGAAAUGACUAAAUUAUACAUUUUUUAUUCAAAAGUGACAUUACAUUUCCAAAUAUGAAUGGUGUAUUUUAAGUUAUAUAUUAAUUUAUUAGUAAAGGGUUGUGAAUUUUGUACACAGAAAAUUAAACGAUAAAUUCUUUAUUUGUUGACAAAUUCAUGUCAAAAAACAUGGUGUAAAGUAAAAAUAACAUACAAUACUCCUUGUAAGAAUAUAGUAAUUUUUAAAAAUCUGUAUAUUACAAAAUCGUAACAUUACAGUUUGCAAGAAUGAUUAUAUGUUGAGGUAUCAUUUUUUAUGAGAUAUUUUAUUGAUAAUGAUAAAAGAUGAUAUUUAUUGUUAAAAUUGCAUUUUGUUACAUAUUUUUGUAUUGUAAUACCAAAAUUUGCAUUUCAAAUAUCUUUAAAUAUUAAUCUAUAAUGGUUUAUAAUAUGAUAUCUCUUUUAAUAGAGCACAUAUAAAUAAAUUGAAAAUAUUUGACGAAAAUGGAAAACAUUAAUAUAUAGUAUAUAAGAUUAAUUAAUUGAGUAUAAAAGUAUACUAUGUUUGUGACAAAAACAAAAAUUACAACGGUUAUAAAAAUAUCUAAAGUACAUUUUGAUUAGAUAUU